AUGAUGAUCAAGCGCAUCAUGAUGUUGGCCGCUUGGGCCUUUGUCGCGUGCUGCCCGAUCGCGAACUCCUUCGUGUACCGUUCUUCGGUGCAACGUAACACCUUCAACACCAACUCAAUGUUGGGCAGGAAACAGAGGGGCGAGGUCGGCAAGACCAUCGAGGUACCCUCAGGCAAGACCAUUGACGGGGCUGGCGUUGGGCGCAGCAAUGGCGCGGUCGCCAUCGAGGAGAAGGUGCGCAUCCCGCGGGUUCCUUCGGCGCUGGACCCCGAGGGGAUUACCCGCAGGGUGGACUCUCCGCUCCACAUCUUGGGGAAAGGGGGGGAUGGGGAGGGUGUGCCGGUGCCGCAUGAAGAAGAAUUUGUUCCCGUGGUGAGGGAGGGGGCUAAGUCGUCGAGCAACGGCGAUCAACACGACGUUACCCAGCAACAACAACUGAUCCAGCAGGAUGAAGCAGCGGAAGAUGGGCUCGAGCGCCGGCGCCGGCUCCACCACCACGGUUCGAGGCCACGGGGUCGAUACCCUGGCUGGACUGUUCGCUGGAAGGGGUUCCAACGACACCGUUACAGGAGUGGGUUGUCCGGGCUACGCUCAACGUCACCAACAGGGCCAGGUGUGGGAGAUGGGCUCUGCUCGAUUUGUGACAUUGAGCACACGCCGAACGAAGCCGCUGCUCCGACCACCGGACAAGUUGGAUACCACGACCCCGCUUCCGAAACUUCUCUCGGAAUUUGCACGAGCGACAUGAAGAGUGUCCCUGUCGAGAGCCGCAGCACUGAGAAGUACGGAACUGCGACCAUCGCAGAGAGCAGCGAGGUGGCCAACAACCACAGCCGCCACGGCUUGGAGAAGGCAAAGGCCUCGCUGGAGCUGCCGUCUUGUGCCGUCGACGCCCGUUCCUUGCAAAAGCGAGUCGAGCCCAUCCAGGACGACAAGAGCUCCGCCCCCACGCACGACGGGUCGAGUCCUGCCCAUACCAGGAUCGCGCGCGAAGCAGUUUCUGAUGGUCAAGGUCACGACAGGAAGAAGGUCGGUCGCUCCUACCCCCACGAGGACACCGGCCGCUCGUUUUUUAGUCUCCACCUUCAGCAGUUCGAUGGUCCUGAGGACUUCAACUAA